CAUAUUGAAUAUUGAAUAAUUAAAUAAUAAUCAAUAAAAUUACAAAUUAAAGUAGUAUUUAAAUUGAACACUAAGAAAUUGUCAUCUAUUAAUUAUAAAUAAUUAUUUUAUGAUAGUUACAACGAAUAAAAAAUCAAUAUUAAAAUUUUUUAGAGUUCACUGUAUUUAAAUUUAAAAUGUUGAAAAAAAGUAUUGUUUUAAAUUACCAAGUACACCGACGUGUGUCUGAUUUUGUAACCCAAUAUAAUGAAAAUCAUAUACCAACCACACCGCUCCAAAAGUUAUUAUUAUCAAUCGGUUCUGCUACUGUUUCAUUGUUUGAUCCUCGAAGAGCAGAUAUGAUUGCCACUAUGGGAGAAACUACUGGAACAUCUGCGUUGAAAUAUAUGAGAGAUAAAAUGAUUAAUAAUCCUGAAGGCAACGAAAUAUUACAGUUACAACCACAAAUUAACACUUCAACAGUUGAUCUUGGAAAAUUAAAAUAUAUGCCAGAAAAUACUCUCGGAUAUGCUUACUUUAAAUUUUUAGAUCAUAAUAAAGUAACACCAGAUUCCCGGGGAUCAGUACAAUUCAUUGAUGACAUUCAAUUAGCAUAUGUCAUGCAGAGAUAUAGAGAAGUACAUGAUUUAUUUCAUACGGUGUUGGGAAUGCCUACAAAUAUGUUGGGAGAAGUAACAGUAAAAUGGGUUGAAGCAUUUCAGACCAAGUUACCAAUGACUUUAAGUGGAGGUCUUUUUGGAGCUGUACGACUUAAACCAAAGCAAAGAGAACAGUAUGUAAAACAUUAUUUACCAUGGGCUAUUCAAACAGGACAAAACAGUAAUUUUAUGUUAAAUAUUUAUUUUGAAAAAAGAUGGGAUCAACCAAUAGAAGAACUACAAAAGGAAUUAAAUAUAAAACCUUUAGAAAUAAUUGAUUUAAAAUAAAAAUUGUUUCUAUGUGUAAGUAGUGUUAACAUCUUGUUUUGUAUUUUCUUCUUGCUUAGUAUACAUUUAUUCAUAUAACUUAAUCAACAUUUGGGGCAAAUACAAAUUCUGUAAAAUAAAAUAAAUAUUAAUUUAAUUAAAAGUUAAAUGAUAAUGUUAUAGUUGCACUGACCAUUUUGACCUUCAAAUGUUUUAGGUUGGAGUUGGGCCAUAGGAAUUUGUUCUGUUUUUGUUGAUUUUAUAGUAUUAGAAAUAAGUUGAAGUUUGAGAGACUCAUACUUAGACUAAAAUAUUAAAAAUAAUUCCAUAAUAAACUAAUAUUUUUAUAUUGA